ACACCAACAAGCUAGUACAGGACAAGUAAGGGGAGAGAAAAAGUAAAUAGAAGUACUUUACUUAGUUUAUUUAUGUGUGUAUAGGACUCUAGGAGUAGUUUUUGUUAUAGUUAUUGCUUUGUUUAUUUCUAAGCCAACUCUUGGGCAUCUGUCUCGUUUGCUAACUCUUUGUGUCCGUAAUCAUUUACCACAUUCUGGUGGAAUCAACGUUGGUAUCGUUAGUUAGGAGAGAAAGAGUCAACUUUUACUUCUGCCUAGGUAGGAGGGCAAUAUGCAGAGCUCAGUAUGGCAGCACUGAGUCCUUACUACAAUCAUAACAAACGAGUGUUGGAAGACGCCAGAGUUGGAGAUAAGAUUCAGUUCCGACGAAAGAUUUAUUCUCAUUGGGGGAUAUACCUAGGCGAUGAAGACGUCAUCCACUUAUCAGGCGAUGAGAACGAUGGCCUGAGCGACGACUUCAGGCCUGAACACCUCUUCUCAAUCUGUGGUCAAGUGUUCAACAAGGCGAAUGUCUGCAUUGAAAACUUCUGGAAAGUUGUAGGCAGUGACCUGGCCUACAUCAAUAACUGUGAUGAUAAAUGGUGUGCCUUGACGCCAGAGAAAAUUGUAAAAAGGGCGAAAGAAAAGUUGGGUGUUGUAGGUUACAACAUAAUCUUUUCCAACUGCGAACAUUUCGCUAAUUGGUGCAGAUAUGGUCAGUGCAAAAGUGACCAGGCCGAUAAAUUCCUGACCGGUGUUGCAGUAGUUGGAGGUACGGCCUUAGCUGUUGGUGCUGUGUAUGCUUUAGCAAAGUUCGCUGGAAGGGAGAAGUCCAAGAAUCAAAAAGAGUUACCUCAGUAACAUUCCAUCAGCUCAAAAUAAGAAUGAUUUUAAACGCUUCUAUUUAAUUGAGGCAUCAGAUUGUACUAGCUCAUUAAAUAAAAUGUACACAGAAUGGAAACCAAUGUCAGUGGGCCUUUUCUUUUAGAUACUAUUUAGUGUUUUCAUUUCUACUCUUUAUUAACUAUUAAUAAAUGUAUAAAACGGAUCUGAAACUAAAUAUUAUUUGUAAUGUUGUUUAUUAAAGUCGAUCCUCGUGUACCAAAUUAUAGCGCUGACUAUUUUUUCUUUUUAAUAAAAUAAAUAAAUGGAUGUUUAAAAAAA